AUGCUCCUUUCUUUCUCAAUCUCUCCGCUCUGCAUCUCUGUGUUGACCGUUACCUCCUCACACCGUACAUAUUUCGUCAGCUCCUCAAUCUAUCAUUCGUAGCGAAAGGACCCUGUCUCUACAACGAACGGAACGUCCUAGCUUCAGCCCUAUCAUCGUGAACCGCAACAUACCGCCAGCUCCGCUCCACAUUUGACUUGAACCCACAUUCACGCUGAGGCUCUCGACAGCGUCGAUUCUGCUGUGUUAACCGGAUCCCCUUCCCACUUGGUUGAGUCGAUUGACAAUGUCGAUGAUCUUAAGCCAUUGGUUGUUUUCGAAGAGGAGCUGACUCGGCAAAAUCACCGCACGAUAUCUCAAGUUUCCUCACUGAUAGCAAUUCGAGUAUCGUAAUGCUCUCGACCGGUACCACGAGCCCAGACAUUCACUUCAGCGCCAACGCGAACCUCAGGGCCGGCAGCAUAUUCAGUUGCGGAGGCACUUGAGGAUUGCAACUGUGUCUUCCUCUCUGUCUGGAAUGUCAACACGACGGCCCCCUAUAUAAAUCAUGGCGACAACCGCAGUAUCUUCUCAACCGUCAAAGGUCGCGGUGUCUACCUCCCUUGAGAACUCCGGCAUUGGCACUGGCACUGGCACCCCGACCGGGACUCCCUCACGAACACCCGUAUCAGUCUCCGCAAAACAACAAGGUGAAGUUCACAUCUUUGGUACCCUACAGCAUACCGGCCCGCCCGUGCAAGAUGACGUUCCUAGUCUCUACAGAGAUGGGCGUGUCCGCAAUCCUGUCCCCAGCAAGCUCAAAGGCAGGACAGAUUCCAGAAAAGGGAAUUUCGGGGUCAUGCAUAUAGAUCUCCCUACGACCAACGAAACUCAGGAUCGUGAUGCGGCAGCCAAGCGCACGAGCGAAGGAACCCAGUUGGCGGCGAAACUGGCCCAAACAGAUCGUUAUGUUGCCUUCAAACGCAGCAAGUAUGCCUACCAACCAGAAGAUCAAGCCGCGCCCAACCCACCAAAGCACGAUGGAUACCACCAGAGGACUUUGCCGCUCACCGUGGCUGAAACCAAAGCCGAGCAGGCUCGACUACUGGUUCUGUUGCGAAACCUGUCGCCUGCUCUGGUUGUGGAUCAAAUAUGCAAGGCGCUGGCCUUCUUCGGCGGGGUUUCCGAUGCGCAGCCUUCAGUUGAUGAAGAUUUCCCACAUAGCGCAGAGGCGAACGGAUCCGGUUCUCUCUUUGUGGGCUGGUUGGCUGAAAUAUUCCCAGCCCUUGGUCAAGGGUCGAUCCCGAGUGCUCAGCACCCACCGUUGAGACGUCCGCGAGGCCGGCCCAAAGGAAGUAAGAAUGCCAAGGGAAAGAAGGACAAACUUGCUAGGAAACGAUUUGGGUUUACUGUACCAUCGGCAAGUGCCACAGAAGAUGCUUGCGCCGGCGGUGACUUGAGCAGGGAGUCCGUCGCGGACGAAAGCUGGAUUGAUGUUGAGGAUGGCGUCGCAGAGGAUGAUGGGGAAGGUCCAGAUGGGAAGCUCGUACCGAAUUUUAUGACUCCAUCUCACAACAGUAAAGCCAUUGUCGAUCAAAGUGCUUCUGGCAGUAUGCUAGGAGAGGCAGCUACAGUUACACCGACUCCAAAGCGGCGAGGACGACCCAAAGGCUCCAAAAAUCGACCGAAAAACAAGACAAUGCUGAACGACGGCACCUUGAAGACUCAGGAUGUGUUCUUGAGCACAGCAACCGGUUCUAUCUCGAGUGCACAGUCCAGCCAUGUUGAGCCUGGACUGCCCAGCGUCAAGAAACGGAAACCUGGGCCAGGCCGUCCCAAGGGUUCCAAAAACCGGCCUAAGGAACCGGCACCUACCUCUGAUCAUGAUCCUCAAUCACUACCAGCGUUCACGAACAUCGAUCAUGAACGAACAGAGCUACAUUUAGAUGCAGUGGAGGGUGCCUCUCAGCCGCCAUCAGCCAUUGAUCUUGUUCCCAUUGUGCAAACCGAGCAGCACCGGCAGCCGCCAAAAAGUAUCAUUUUGCCCACGCCUGCCCACUCUGCACCAGAGCCUGUAAGUGAAGCCACUGCAGGAAAACCGAACGCCGGAGGAGGAGGCUCUCAAGGCAUCAAAAGGAAGUGGAAGGCUGCCGAUGGAGGAAGAACAACCGCGCCUGAUGCGACCCGGACUGCACUGGCCCCGAACCAAAGUCUACCCGAUGCUGUUGCUCCUUUUGCUUCACAUAGUGCCUCUCCACCACAGAAGACAGGAUAUCACGACCCCCCCAACCAGGACCAUAUGAACGUCUACCCACCAGCGAAGAGACAGAAGUUUCCCUCAACACCUCGGCGAGAAUCCAAAUUGAACAGCCAACCUGGCCAGGCCACUCGGCCCGAGCCGCAUACGCCACAAACAAAUGCCCCCGCGGAUCACCAUAGUGAUACCCUUGGUGGAACCGGUGGCAGCAACUUGCAGAAGCCCAGGAACCAAGUGAGUGUCUCUGCGAGUCGAUCUACGCUC